AUGGCGUCCGUUUCGCCACCCAAACCGUGGGAGAGGGCAGGCGCUGCUGCUGGGUCUCCUGCUUUGACAACAUCAUCGGCGGCUACUCCGACCGCCUCAUCCGCGAUGACGGCCAGUUCGACUACUCCGACCGCGGCCGCCAGCGCCUCGGCCCCCACAGCCACAGCAUCCUCGACAUCUACUGCUCCCGAUUUACCGUCUCGUCCUAAUACCUUGAAUUCCGUUGUCAAUCGCACCGCCUCCAAUUAUUCUCCCUACUCGGCCUCCCGGUUCGGCGCCAGUCCUUACGGCGGCUACGGAAGCUACUCGUCGCCGUACUCCCGCUUCGGCACCAUGGGCUCCAUGUACGGAGGCUACGGUGGCAUGGGAGGCUAUGGCGGCAUGUAUGGUGGUAUGGGAGGCAUGGGAGGGAUGUACGGCGGGAUGCCCGGUGAUCCCAACGAUCCCAACAGCCUGACGAAUUCAUUCAGCCAAAGCACUCAAGCUACGUUUCAGAUGAUCGAGAGUAUCGUGGGUGCGUUUGGAGGAUUCGCUCAAAUGCUGGAGAGCACAUACAUGGCGACUCACAGCUCCUUCUUUGCCAUGGUCUCCGUAGCCGAGCAGUUCGGCAACCUCCGAAACACGCUUGGCUCCGCCCUCGGUAUCUUCACCAUCAUCCGCUGGUUCAAGACCUUGAUCGCGAAGAUCACCGGUCGUCCCCCGCCGGCUGAUGCUACCGCACUCACUCCGUCCGCCUUUGCAGCAUUCCUCAGCGGCCGCUCCUCCCCCGCCACCCUGCCGGAUGGCACUCCCGCUCCCCCCAAGCCCUCUAAGAAGCCGUUCUUCAUGUUCCUUAUCGCCGUCUUCGGUCUUCCCUACUUGAUGGGCAAGCUGAUCAAGGCUCUUGCUCGGUCGCAAGAGGAGCGUCGCCAGCUGAUGCUGGGUCCAAAUGGGGAGCCCGUGCAGGGCCAGGGUGCACCGCUCGACCCUUCCAAGCUUGACUUCUGCCGUGUGCUCUACGACUACACACCUGAAGCCCAGGAGAGCUCCGGCAUCGACCUGGCCGUGAAGAAGGGCGACAUCGUCGCUGUCCUUAGUAAAUCCGAUCCGAUGGGUAAUGCCUCGGAGUGGUGGCGUUGCCGUGCCCGUGAUGGCCGCGUCGGUUAUCUGCCCGGGCCGUACCUGGAGACCAUCCAGCGCCGCCCGCAACAGCAAGCGAUCACCUCGGGCAGCGAAGCUGGCAGUCGCAGCAACUCGAUGCAGGCGAGCGCGUCUGAGGAGAUCGCCGCGGAGGCUAAGAAGCCCGAACUGAAGGGCAAGAUGGGUGAUAUUUCGCCCGAGAGCUUCCAGAAGAGCGCUUUCUACUCAUAA